AUGGCCUUCGGCUCCUUCGAUACCCUCUGCGCGCAGUCCGCGCUGCCGCUCUGCUACGUAUUGGGACCGCCUUCGAGUCUCACGUCCACACACAACCCACUUCUCCUCCCCGACUGCGCCGCCCGCUCCAUCGAGCUGGCAAACACCAUUAUAUUUCAAGCCGCGACCGACUUUGCGCACAUUGUCGCUCUAGGAAUGACUGCGAUCAUGAUCUUCCAUGUGCGGUCCAAGUUCACAGCUGUUGGACGCAAAGAGAUCUUGACAUUCUUUUACUUAUAUCUGGUGCUCACGGCAGUGAGUCUGGUUUUAGACGCCGGCGUGCUGCCCGCCACGACGGACGGGGCCUUCCUGUAUUUUGUCUCUGCGCAGAACGGGCUGGCGAGCGCGCUGUGUACGGCCUUGCUCGUGAACGGCUUUGUGGGCUUCCAGCUGUACGAGGACGGCACUCUGUUAUCUGUGUGGCUCCUGCGGCUGUCGAGCGUCUUCAUGUUUGCCAUCUCCUUCGUUGUGUCCCUGCUCACUUUCCAAGGCUGGGCAGGCCUCAGCCCUGAGAACACUACCGGCCUGUUCGUGGUCCUCUACUUGAUCAAUGCAAUCUGCCUGGCCGUGUAUCUGGUCAUGCAGGUCAUACUUGUGGUAAACACAUUGCAGGAUCGCUGGCCACUCUGGGAUCUCGCAGCAGCAGUCUUCUUCUUCGUCAUCGGCCAGGUGAUUCUGUAUACCUUUGGCGCGCGGAUCUGCGAGGCUGUCAACCACUACUUGGAUGGUCUAUUCUUCGCCACAGUUUGCAACCUACUAGCUGUCAUGAUGAUUUACAAGUACUGGGACUCGAUCACAAAAGAGGACCUCGAGUUCUCAGUCGGUGCCCGCCAGAACAACUGGGGCUUGGCCGUCGACUCCUCCCUCGCCCUUACCGGUGCACCACAACAGAAGGACCCGCUCCUAGGUGGUGGCGCUCAGUACUCCGACGCCGACUUUGUGCACAACGACCACCGCGCCUCCUUCGUGCCCACCCAGUACCACGACUCGGCGUAUGCAGACAGCACCUACGAGUACCGCCCACCAACGAGCGGCACCUACCACACGCGCACGCAGAGCAGUGGACAUCUGGGCGUCGUGGAGACGCGGCAGCCGAAGCGCCUCAGCGGAUACGACUCGGUGAGCCAGCAGGGCGAUGGCUUCGGAGACGCGGCAGGGACAAUGGGCGGUGGACAGCACCGAGAUGAGCGGGCUGCGAGGCGCAAGAGUCGGGGGCAUGCGGAGAGGGAGAGGGAGAUGGAUGGGUAUGAGCACGCAAGGGGUGGGUACUGA